UUUAAGGUGCGUAUCAUUAAGGGCUCCAAGGAGAGAAAAUAUUGUAACGGAGAGAUAGAACAGGAAUAGACAAACAAUUCCGAGGGAAACAAAAACUCGGAAUAUUGUUCUGUUUGCCUUUCAUCUCCCAUUGUUCUAAUUUGUAUUUCAGAAGGAAAUACAUUUGUGAUAUUCUAAAGGUUCAUAUUAUUAAGAGAUGAAGGAGAAGGUUUUCUUCCUUUGGUGGUUUGGAAUGACUCUGAGGCUUUGUUUCUUGCUCGGUGCCAGCUGUUCUGAGAAGACAACAUUAAGAAGAGGUUUAAGGGAGACCUUGGCCAAGCAAUCGACAACUUCUAAAUCUGGGGUCAUGGUGAAUUCAAACAAUCGUGAACAGUUGGUGGUUGACAAUGGUAUUGUUGCCGUCACCUUUUCAAGACCUGAGGGCUACAUCCUUGGAAUUUCAUAUAACGGAAUUGACAAUAUACUUGAAGAAGAAAACGAAGAUCAAGAUAGAGGGUACUUGGACGUGGUCUGGAAUACACCGGGAAAGCCUAGUAACUUUCAGAGAAUACACGGGACAAUUUUUUCGGUUAUAGCAGCUGACGAGAAUAUGGUGGAGCUUUCAUUUUCAAAAUCAUGGACAUCAUCCCUGAAUGGCUCAAGUGUCCCCAUGAACAUUGACAUAAGAUACAUUUUGCGAAGUGGUGACUCAGGGUUUUAUUCAUAUGCAAUAUUUGAUCGCCCUGAAGGAUUGCCCGCCGUGGAGAUUGACCAAAUUAGGAUUGUUUUCAAACUCAACAAAGACAGGUUCAACUAUAUGGCUAUAUCAGAUGAAAGGCAGAGAAGCAUGCCAACAAUGAGAGACAGAGAAACUGGCCAAAUCCUAGCUUACCCUGAAGCAGUUCUAUUAACCAGACCAAUCAACCCAGAAUUCAGAGGAGAGGUUGAUGAUAAAUACCAGUACUCCUGUGAGAACAAGGUCAACACUGUUCAUGGAUGGAUCAGUGUUGAUGCUGCUGAUGCACCACCCGUGGGUUUCUGGAUGAUAACGCCCAGCAGCGAGUUUCGUAAUGCUGGGCCCAUCAAGCAGGACCUUACUUCCCAUGUUGGCCCCAUCACCCUCUCGAUGUUUGUGAGUACUCACUAUGCUGGCAAGGAGGUAACCAUGGCAUUUCAAGAAGGGGAGAUUUAUAAAAAGGUUUUUGGCCCUGUAUUUGCCUACGUUAACAAUGCUUCAAACGAGGAUGACACACUAUCCCUCUGGUCAGAUGCUGUUCAGCAGCAAUCCAAAGAAGUCAGAAGUUGGCCUUACGAUUUUCCUAAAUCAGUGGAUUUCAUUCCACCGAAUCAAAGGGGAAUAGUUUUGGGAAGAUUAUUAGUCCAAGAUAGGUACUUCAGAGGAGGUAGACUUCUAUAUGCUAACAAUUCUUAUGUCGGUCUAGCUUUGCCUGGUGAUGAAGGAUCAUGGCAGAUAGAAAGCAAGGGCUAUCAAUUCUGGACUCAAGCCGACACAAAGGGUUUCUUCCUAAUAAAUAAUGUUGUUCCUGGUGACUAUAAUUUGUAUGCAUGGGUUCCUGGCUUCAUUGGUGAUUACAGAUAUAAUGCUACAAUCACCAUCACACCAGGAGGAGUCAUCCGAUUGGACUCACUUGUGUACGUUCCUCCAAGAAAUGGACCAACCAUAUGGGAAAUUGGGUUUCCAGAUCGCAAGGCUGCAGAAUUCUAUGUACCAGAACCUUACCCUACACUCAUGAACAAAUUAUACAACGAACAGCGCAGAGACAAGUUUAGGCAAUACGGGUUGUGGGAACGUUACACUGAUUUAUAUCCAAAUGAUGAUCUUGUUUACACUGUUGGUAUUAGCAAGUAUAGAAAAGAUUGGUUUUUUGCUCAUGUUACUAGAAGCACAGGAAAUAAGACAUACCAGCCAACGACAUGGCAGAUAAUAUUUGAACAUCCAAAUCAAAUAAUAAGAGGAAACUACACAUUGCAACUGGCAUUGGCAUGUACUGCUGAUGCUGACUUGCAGGUUCGUGUCAAUGACCCUAGCGCUAAUCCACCGGACUUUGCAACGGGUAAAAUAGGAGGAGACAGUGCCAUAGCAAGGCAUGGGGUGCAUGGUUUGUAUAGGUUAUUCAGCAUUAAUGUACCAAGUGAUCGAUUUGUGAAAGGAACCAACACCAUCUAUCUAAGGCAGUCAAGAGCCAUGAACCCUUUUCAAGGAGUUAUGUAUGAUUAUAUCCGUUUAGAACGACCUCCAUUAACACAGAUUUGAUUGUGUCCAACUUCUAGUUGACAAAGUCAAAACA